AUGUCCGGCUCAGUCACCCCCGUCCCCGACUGCAACCGCACCAUCCUGACCGUCGACUCUCCACUGGUACCAGACUCGGAUUCAACACACUCGUCAGAAGAAGAUGUGGACAAAUACGACACGCGGUCUCUAACAUCCAGCAUCACCGACUACCCAAUGUACUGGGGCCGACGGUACCACCGAUACAAGGACGGCUCAUAUCUUUUCCCCAACGACGAGAACGAAAACAACCGACUCGACGCACAACACGAGAUCCUAAACCAACUACACGGCCGACUAUACUUUGCGCCACUGGAUCCGGAAAUUGUGCGGACGGUGCUCGAUCUCGGCACAGGGACGGGCAUCUGGCCCAUCGAGCUGGCCGACUCAGGCUUUUUGCCGCACGCCACCAUCACGGGAACCGACCUGUCGGCCGUGCAGCCGCUCGAGGUUCCCGAGAACGUCCAUUUCGAAAUACAGGACUGCUCCGAAGAAGACUGGGUGCGACCCUACGGCAGCGUGGAUUAUUGUCAUGUGCGAUUCAUGGCCGGAUCACUGACUUCGUACGAGGACCUGAUCCGCAACGCGCGCAAAUACCUGCGUCCUGGCACCGGAUGGCUCGAGUGCCAGGAACUACAUCCUUCGCCCGUCUCGGACGACAACACCAUCCCCGAAGACUGGGGAUUGAAGGUGUGGGACGAACAUCUGGAGUAUGCUGCCAACCAGUCCCUGUACCCUGCUCGUCCUGUUCGUAUCGCCGCAGACAUCAAGACAUGGAUGGAAGAGGCUGGUUAUGUUGAUAUUCAUGAACAUAUCUCCAAAAUCCCGCUGGGUCCCUGGCCCCGUGAUAAAAGACUAAAGAGAAUCGGUGGCUGGUGGUUGAAUAACUGGCUGGCUGGCUUGCAGGGGUUCACGUACAAGUUGUUCAGUACCGAAGGCCUUAGAUGGUCUCGUGAGGAAAUCGAGGUCAUGUUGGCAGACGUCCGCAAGGCCGCGACUAUGAAGGACGUCCAUCCUUAUCAGCGACAUUAUGUCGUCUAUGGGAGGAGACCUUCGCCUGAAGAGGAGCAGAGGAUGUUGGCAAGGGGAAGGGGGUUGAGUUGA